CUUGCACACACUCUUGAAUACAUCGUGCCGGACACAAUAAUGGGCAACGUCGCUCGGUUGCAGCACGCUGCUGCAGGGCGGACACCCUCUUGGCCCGACAAUAAUGCAAUUCCUGAGCUGCAAACGCUGCGCGGAUACGUAGGUCGCCGUUUCUUGUUGUGGUCGCUCUUCGGUCUCUGGAUCUUCGGGCUUGGAGCGUACAUCGUCAUGUGGCUCUACUCGGGUGUGUGCGUUGCUCGUUGGGCUUGGGCAGCGCUGCAAACCCGCAGUUGGAUGCUCGCAACACCACCGCCCAUUAGUGUGCAAUUGUAUCUGGGAUUCACGGUGCUGUAUGAGAGCUAUCACUACGUCACGCGCGAUUCACUGCAUCUGUGGCCGCGCAUGCGGCGUCUAGCUCGAUACAUUCUGCUGCAUUACCCAUACUUCCGUCUGAACGUGACCAUCUUCGAGGAGCGCGAACUAGAGAAGCAGCAGCAGCGACUAAUGGAAGACCAGGACGCCACAGUAGACAGGGAACACCUCAGUCCAGCUGCAGCUAUCAAAGCUGUCGAGGAGAACGAUAUCUCGCCGUACGUGGAGACUGGAACCAAGAACUUGUUCGCUUUCCACCCCCACGGAGUACUGACCUGCGGCUUCUCCUUCAAUGGCGCGUACCACAUGGGCUUCGAGCGCUCUGCGUGUCGAUGGCUAUCUGCUGAAAACCUCUUCUGGUUCCCUCUCAUUCGCGAUAUCCUUAACUGGAUGGAGUACAGCAGUUGUGCCAAAGCCAACAUGCUCAAGUUCAUGCGUAGAGAUCAAAACGUCAGCAUCAUCCCUGGCGGCUUUGAAGAAGCCACACUCUAUCAGCGAGGCAAACAUCGCUUGUACCUUAAAAAGCGCUUCGGCUUCAUCAAAAUUGCACUGCAACACGGCUACAAUGUCCACCCAGUGUACACUUUUGGUGAGGAAUACACCUACCACGCCUUCUCGUACUUGCAGUCGCUGCGAUUGCAACUGAAUCGCCUUCGAAUCCCCGGAACGAUCUUCUUUGGAGAAGCUUCGUGCUUUUACAUGCCACGCAACGACAUAGACCUCAUUACUGUCGUUGGCAAACCUCUGCGAUUCCCACGAAUUGAGCACCCAACGAAGGAAGAUGUACAAAAGUAUCAAGCGCAGUACGUAGAGGCAUUGAAAGGUCUCUUCGACAGCUACAAGGGCGUCUACGCCGUUGACCCCAACGCAACGCUGGAGAUUUUUUAAAUUGUAGAAAAUCUGACAACUACAGAAAUGCUCAUGAAACCUUUAGGUGAUGAAAGCACACUGUUAACGUAAUUGUGUGGAGAUUCACCGAUCAGAAGAUUUCGGCUCGAGCAUGGCAGAAUCGUAUUGCACCGUUGCUCGACAUUUACGCAACGCAGCGCUGUGGUGAAGGUAUUCCUGAAGAUGUCGUCAUUCCAUCAGAAGCUCCUUGGCCCGAGGAAGUGUGGGAAGUUCGUCAAGGGGUCACUGUAGCUCACAACGCUUCUCAAAUUACUGCUAGGGGUCCAACAGGAUCACGCUGCUAGCACGUGAAAUGAUCGUUAAGCACCGAGUCCAAAGCUUUUUUUUUUUUU